UCCUUCCACAUACCGACCGAUCCAACAGUUUCAUAUCCCUCUUUUCACAUUAACAACGUUAUACUCUCAAAGAAUGGAUCCCAAACAAAACCCAACGGCUCCCUCCCUUGCGUCUGAAGGCACGUUGACCUCCUCCGUACAAUUGGAUGGCGGUGCUCCGGCAGUUGCUUCCACUGGUGCGGCUGCUCCUGCCGUAGCCGAGGCAAACGACUCGUUUCCCUUGUCCGAUAGCGAUCAAUCGAGGAAAAAACCGAAGAUAUCACACAUUACUUCUGAUCAAAACCUAGAUAGUUUCACAAACAUUGACAGUUUCACCAUGGAUCCCAAAGAAGCCAGCAACCUCACCGACGUCGCACUCAAAAUCACUAGUCAUCUUCUUAUGACUGAAGGAAAAGAGAAGAACAUCGUGUACUCGCCGCUAUCCAUCCAGGUCGUACUGUGGCUGUUAACGGCCGGUUCAAAAGGUCCCACACAGGACCAGUUGCUUUCUUUCCUCAAGUCUGACUCCACCGAGCAACUCCACUCUCUCGCCUCCCAUCUUGUCCCUCUAAUCUUUGCAGACGGAUCCAAUAGAGGCGGACCCCGCCUAUGCUUUGCCAAUAGCCUUUGGGUUAAGGAUUAUCUCCCCAUCAAACCUUCUUUCAAAGAGGUUGUGGACACUGUUUAUAAGGCGGCUAUAAGACAUGUUAGUUUCGAGAACCCUGAAGAAGUGAGACAUGAAGUGAAUUUAUGGGCCGAAAAGGAAACGAAAGGCCAUAUUACUGAGGCUCUUCCUCCUAAGUCAGUUGACAAGUACACCAUGCUUAUAUUUUCAAAUGCCUUAUACUUCAAAGGCCUUUGGAGCGACAAGUUCAAUGCACGGGAAACAAAAGAGGACGACUUCCACCUUCUUAACGGUACUUCUGUUAAGGCUCCGUUCAUGACAAGCUCCAAGAAACAAUUUGUAGAAGAGUUUGACGGUUUCAAAGUCUUGAAACUAUUUUACGAACAAGGCAAAGACAUGAAGCGUCAGUUUUCAAUGUACUUGUUGCUUCCGGAUUCAAGAGAUGGGCUCCCUGCUUUGGUGAAGAGAGUUUGUUCCGAGCCUGGUUUCUUAGAUAGCCACCGUCCCCAGACACCAGUCAGAGUUGGUGAGUUCAAAAUUCCAAUGUUUAAAUUUACCUCUACAUUUGAAGCAUCCAAAAUUCUCAAGGAUUUAGGACUGCUGCUGCCUUUCAAUGGCGGUGACUUAACGGAGAUGGUGGAAGCAUCUCCUGAUGAAUGCAAAAUAUAUCAUAAAUCUUUCAUUGAAGUUAAUGAAAAGGGCACAGAAGCUGCGGCUGUUUCUACUGCUGUAGUUAAGGGUUUCGGUUGUAAAAGUCGUCGUCCACCUCGUCCCCAAAAUAUAGACUUUGUGGCAGAUCACCCUUUCAUGCUUUUCAUCAGAGAGGAAAUGACUGAAACUAUCUUGUUCACUGGUCAUGUUCUCAAUCCGCUCGAAAAAUGA